AUGACAAGUGCCUCUGAAACAACUACUUCUGAAGUUAUCUUCGAUGUUGCUCCUGAAGUCACUUCUAAAGUUGUCUCUGAAGUCGCUUCUAAUAUCGCCUUUGAUGUCACCUCUGAUGUUGCUUCUGAUAUUGGCUUUGAUGUUGUCUCUGAUGUUGCUCUUAACAUUGCUCUUGAUAACUACAUAUGCUUCUGA